GGCUCCACAGUGCCACCUCACCUGAGCUUGUGGGAGCUCAUGGGCUCUGGACCAAGAGAUGGGAGCCUCCAUGGGAUGACCUAGGCCCUUGUGUGUGACAGUGUGUAGCUUGAUCUCUUAGUAGGGCUCUUAUCAGUGAAAUCAGGACCCUUGCCUGGAGCUAAUCUACCUUUUGGGAACCUGCUUCCCAUGUUCGUUUUGCUUGCCUAGAUAUGACACAAGGCAAAAAGCUCAGCCUGCAUUAACUUGACAUGCCGUGUUUUGUUCAAGUCCACAGGAGGCCUGCCUGUUUCUGAUGGAGACAGAGGAGGAGUGGAAGGGGAGGGAGGUAUAGAUGGGAAAGGGGACAACUGGGAGGAGAGGAGGGAGGGGUAUAUGCGAUCAGUAUAUUAAAAAGUGUCGAAAAUUCUAUUUAAAUAAAAUAAAAACAAAAUUCUGAUAAAUAAAGGUGUUUGGUUCUAGGAGGCUGCACUUCCUAAGUGACUAACCUCAUGUCCUAAAUUCUUCUCAGAGGAGAGGCAGCCCCGAAGCUGAGAUGGGGACUCUAACAAUUCUGCUUCCUCCAAAUGAAAACCAGAGCCUGUGGUCUGAGUCACACAGCUCAGGGAUUGGGGCAGUAAUGUGUAUUUCCCAGCAUGCAUUAUCAGGGGAUGUGACAGACGGUGGCUUGUGUGAGAUACGAGCUGCUGUUAGCUUGUGGUGACUCUUUGGACUUGCUUGGCCGGAGGAUGGGUGCUGAGAGCUGCUGGGAGCAGCUGCAGGGGCCUCUUCCUACUCGGUCCAUCUCAGCGGAACUGGAAGCCCUGGGGCUCAUCACAGUUUCCCUAUAGUUUUGUGCAUUGUACUCGUUGACAGUACUGCUCCACACAUUGCUUUGGCAUCUGAUUGUGGGUGCUCACCUUCUCUGUGUCUGUAUAUCUGCCCUUCUCUCUCUGUCAUGUGUGUGUGUGUGUGUGUGUGUGUGUGCAUACACAUAUUUGCAUGUUUUUCUGUCCCUACAGACUAUGGCAGGCAGGGAUCAGUGCUGGGACCUAAUGAUUUCCCUGCCCCAGUUUCUAGGCGAUGCCAGUGCAGAGGUCUGGGAGCCGUACUUUAUUACUAAUGUUGUCUUAUGUGCUCACCAUAAUGGCACCUAAGAUUCCCUAAUGGAGUUUAUAUUGCUGUCCUGCUGUUGGGUCUGAAACCCAGAGUUAUGUUCUGUCUUACUACUCACUGAGAGUCACCCAGGGUCUAAAAUCGCUGUUCUGAAACAGAAGAGAUUUCAUUGCAAUAUCUGGUGUUGCUACACCCGUGUUAUCACUCAUGGUAACACAGAGAGCUCAACUGAGCCCCUAGGCCUACUGCCUGAGCUCAUGCAGCUAGGACACCCUACAUCUGAGCCAGGCCUCUGCUGACCUAGGGUCAGGAUAACAAGAAAUAAUCACCACAAGGUCCCAGAAUGUAUCCAGAAUGUAGCAACCCCUGGGCUGUGGUAGACCAGGAUCCACCUUGAGUUUCCAUGAUCCUUGAGGCCUGUGUUCAUGGGAGUCUUUCCUCCUGUUUUAGGCCCUACCACCCGCCAAAUCCCCUGAAUGAGAAAGUGAAGCUCCAGCACAAACAGGCCUUGUCGGCACUAAAGCGCCUGGAGGACGAGAACGCCGAGGCCUCAGAAAAGCUGAGUGAGCUGACCAAGGAGACAGUCUUGUAUUGUGGUCUCCACAGCUGGGUCCUGAUGCAACAUAGUCAGCUGGAGAAGAAGGUGGACCUGCUGAGGCAGGAGAAGAAGAAAUUGCGGGAUGAUUGGGUCCUACUGAUGCGCCACGUAGAGGACUUGAAAGUGCUCUGUAAGAACCAAGAAGAGAACGGUGACUUCAAAACCCAUCAACAACAGGAACUCCAGGGAUUGGUGCAAAGACUUCAGUUCCUGCUGAAGCAGAAGGAAGCAGACACCCAGAAAAAGGACUUAGCAGAAAAGCUGCAGCAUCACUUUGAGUUCUUCCAGAUGAGGUCCAAAACAUUCCAGCCUGAGGUGGAAGAGGCCACAGCCCAGAAUGAGAGCCACUUGCAGAAGGAUCUGCUACAGGAAGAACCACCUGCUGAGCCCCAUCCCCAGCAACUACUGAAGUGCAGGGAUCAAUUUUAUUCUUCAAAUUUGGAUUCCAUCGUGGAAUAGGCCUUGAGUAUGUCUAGCCAGUGACCCAGCAUGGCUGCGUCUGGGUCUUGAUUCCCUUUCCUUCUUGAUAACACCCCCUGAGAGAACUGAGGAAGCCAAAGGGAACCACAGACACCUUGAAACCAUCACAUUCUUCACAUUAGGAUCAAGGCCUCCAGACAAAAAGACACCCCUUGUUUCUGUGAACUCACCAGUGAA